CCGAGGCGCGGGGGAGGGGACGGGGACCGACCGGAGCCCCGUGGUGACCCCAAGCUGCUGAAUUCCCCUCGGCUUCGUGGAGUGGGGGACGCGCCCGAACAAGAGCAGGCUCGGCGCUUCCACCCCAGUGCAGCUUUCCCCUGGCGGUGGUGAAAGAGACUCCGGAGUCGCCGCUUCCGAAGUGCCCGCCGUGAGUGAGCUCUCGCCCCGGUCAGCCAAAUGCUCCUCUUCGGGCUUCUCCUGCUGACAUCUGCCCUGGCCGGCCAGAGACAGGGGACUCAGGCUGAGUCCAACCUGAGUAGUAAAUUCCAGUUCUCCAGCAACAAGGAACAGAACGGAGUACAAGAUCCCCAGCAUGAGAGAAUUAUCACUGUGUCUACUAAUGGAAGUAUUCACAGCCCAAGGUUUCCUCAUACUUAUCCAAGAAAUAUGGUCUUGGUAUGGAGAUUAGUAGCAGUAGAGGAAAAUGUAUGGAUACAGCUUACAUUUGAUGAAAGAUUUGGGCUUGAAGACCCAGAAGAUGACAUAUGCAAGUAUGAUUUUGUAGAAGUUGAGGAGCCCAGUGAUGGAACUAUACUAGGGCGCUGGUGUGGUUCUGGUGCUGUUCCGGGAAGACAGAUUUCCAAAGGAAAUCAAAUCAGGAUAAGAUUUGUAUCUGAUGAAUAUUUCCCUUCUGAACCGGGGUUCUGCAUCCACUACAACAUUGUCGUGCCACAAUUCACAGAAGCUGUGAGUCCGUCAGUGUUACCCCCCUCAGCUUUGCCACUGGACCUGCUUAAUAAUGCCGUGGCUGCCUUUAGUACCUUGGAAGAUCUUAUUCGGUAUCUCGAACCAGAUAGAUGGCAGUUGGACUUAGAAGAUCUAUAUAGGCCAACUUGGCAACUUCUUGGCAAGGCUUUUGUUUUUGGAAGAAAAUCCAGAGUGGUGGAUCUGAACCUUCUAAAAGAGGAGGUAAGAUUAUACAGCUGCACACCUCGUAACUUCUCGGUGUCCAUAAGGGAAGAACUAAAGAGAACCGAUACCAUUUUCUGGCCAGGUUGUCUCCUGGUUAAACGCUGUGGUGGAAACUGUGCCUGUUGUCUCCACAAUUGCAAUGAAUGUCAGUGUGUCCCAAGCAAAGUUACUAAAAAAUAUCAUGAGGUCCUUCAGUUGAGACCAAAGAUCGGUGUCCGGGGAUUGCACAAAUCGCUCACGGACGUGGCCCUGGAGCAUCACGAGGAGUGUGACUGUGUGUGCAGAGGGAACACGGGAGGAUAACCACCACCAGCAGCCCCAGUGCAGAGCUGCGCAGUGCAGCGGCUGACUCUGUUAGAGAACUUAUGCGUUAUCUCCAUCCUUAAUCUCGGUUGUUUGCUUCGAGGAACUUUCACCUUCAAGAUUUACAGUGCGUUCUAAAAGAGGAGACACCAAACGGAAUGAGGAGUUGUGCCACAGCUCUUUUGAGAGAAGGCCCAAAGGACAGGAGAAAAGGUCUUCGAUCGUGGAAAAAAAAAUGUUGUAGAUCACUAGCUAGUACGAAGUUACCGUGUACCUGUCCCACUAGCUGCAUUCUAUAUUUCAGUUGUCUUAAUAUGGCAUAGGUUAAUGUAAGUACAGGAAGAAAAAAAACUGUGUGCAGGUGAGCAUCUAAUUCUGUUGCUUUGCUUAACUCAAAAAAGCUCCAUGUUCUGGGCCUAAAAUCACAGAAAAUCUGGAAUUUUUUCCUUAUAUUCACAUAUGUAAGCCAGAAUGUUCUGUGUUCUACAAACUUGGUUUCUAAAAAGAAACUAUGUUGCUAUGGAUUAAACUUGUGUCAUACUGAUAGAAAAGACUGGAUUUUCCAUAUUUCUUGUUAAAAUUUCUACCAUUUAGAAGAAGAGAACUACAUUUGUGUUUUGGAAGAGACCUGAACAGAAGAGUGGCCUUAUCUUCACUUUACCUAUAAGUUGGUUUAUUUGUUUUAUUGUGUACAUUUUUAUAUUCUCCUUUUGACAUUAUAACUAUUGGCUUUUCUAAUCUUGUUAAAUAUAUCUAUUUUUACCAAAGGUAUUUAAUAUUCUUUUUUAUGACAACCUAGAUCAACUAUUUUUAGCUUGGUAAAUUUUUCUAAACAGAAUUCUUAUAAGCCAGAGGAACAAAGAUGAUAUAAAAUAUUGUUGCUCUGACAAAAAUACAUGUAUUUUAUUCUCGUAUGGUGCUAGAGCUUAGACUAAUCUGCAUUUUAAAAUACUGAAGUGGGAAAUCAAUAAAAAUUGGUAAAUUGCAAAGACUUUCUGAAAAUAAUUAAAUUAUCACAUCUUCCACCUCUGUCAUUGGAGGUGCAAAUAAAAAGCAACAUAUGAAAAUAGACAUUCAGAUCCAGUCAUUACUAACCUAAUCCUUUCUGGGAGAAAUAUGAGCCUAGCUCAGAAGAACAUAAAGCACCUUGAAAAAAGAGACUUGGCAGCUUCCUAACAGAGCGUGCUGCGCUGUGCUGUAGGAACACAUCCUAUUUAUUGUGAUGUCAUGGUUUUAUUAUCUUUAAACUCUGUUCCAUACGCUUGUAUAAAUACAUGGAUAUUUUUAUGUACAGAAGUAUAUCCUUUAACCAGUUCACUUAUUGUACUCUUUGGCAAUUGAAAAGAAAAUCAGUAAAAUACUUUGCUUGUAAAAUGCUUAAUAUUGUACGUAGGUGAUGUGGUGACUAUUUGAAUUAAAAAUGUAAUGAAUCAUCAAAUAAAAGAAUGCAGCUAUUUUGGGGAGAAACUAAGAGUGUGUGUGUGUGCCCGUGUGCAUGUAAGAUUUCUCUCCUGGAGUCGGAGAAAAUGAAAAUGAUAAGAUUUGUUAUUACCAUGAUUUUCAUUAUGCAAAAGCAUAUGUCGGUUCAAAAGACAGGUCAAAAAGGGAACAACUCUGUUGAGGUUUCCCUGCCUCUUAUUUCCAAAGCCUUUGAGCAGUGGUUUUCUUUUUCUCAUUAGUCCUAAUCCUGGUUUCUGGUAAAUUAAGUUGCACCUGACUUAAAAGUUUUUAGGUGAUUUAUGAAAUGCUUACUGAUAGAUUGAUUAUACGGUAGUGUGAAAUUGGAAAAAAAAAACUCAGAAUUUUCCACUCAUGUCUUUAUUUACAAUGGGAACUACUAAAUGAGGUGACCAUAUAUUGAUUUGGUAUGUGGAUUCUAGUAUUUUACAUAGCACACUUGAAGUUGUGCUUCCUCAAUUCCAGACACAGAUUUCUAAUCAGGACUGGGAUCUUCAGCACCCUGUCCUUUCCUAAGCCUUUUAACCUCUUGGAAGAUGACUAGUACCCAGAGCCAUGUGUCUUCAGACUACUCUUCCAGGCGACUCCAUUUACCGUGCUUUUAUAUUUUGCAAUUUACCUACUUUGUCACUGACCACAUGAAAAACAAACAAAAUGAGCGUAUGUGUUGUUUCAUAAUAUUUCCUUACCUUUUCCUAACUUUGUCCCAGCCGUAUAGAGGCCUACUAGAUAAAACUCUAUGGAAAAUGCAAGGCAGUUGAUAAUUUACAACUUUCAUGAGCAUAGCAAGGAUUCUAUUAAACCUUACAGUAACUGACCUGUUUAACUAUGUUUAAUCCAGCAUUUCCAACUUCUGAAUGAAAUACUUUCUUUCCUUUUUAUCUUUUUUAAUAUUUAUUUUUUGUUUACUUAUAAAAUGUUGACAGUCAGGAGAAAUUACUCUGUAAAGGUAGCAAUCCCCACAUUGCUGCCAGUCCAUUCUUGGGAACGCUAUGAGGACUAACCUCUUUAUAACCACUCACUCAUAGAUUGUACUGUGUAAUGUACUAAAAAAAAAAUCAUGCAUUAAAAGUACAUGUGACCCUAAUUUCUCAGAAGUCCAGGAAGUAUUGACUGUUGACCACACCCUGUUUUGUACGUGAUGUCUGUGUUUCAUGCCUCUGUCCCUGAGCAAUGGACUGUUUUGCCCAGUGAUAUGUAUUAAAAUAAAAGAACAAGCCUUAAUUGUCAUGA